AUGCCGCGAGUCAAUGACGCGCUGAACGGUGAGUGAGUGAUAGUCAAUCCACUCUAUGGCUAAGGUGGCUGUCGGAUGGAUUUGUUCAGAACCGGACGCAGAACCAGAACCGCCUCUUGGUCGCCGCGCAAUGGCAUGCAGGCAUGACAUGACAAGCGCCACUGACACGUGAGCGACACACAAACACACACACACACACUCGAUCACAUCAGUACUGCGCUACUCUCUCGUUUCAUGCAGGCCUCUUGCACCCCGAUCGCCGUCGCCCUCUGAAGAUCCGGUGAUGUGUGAUCCUUCUGAAGGACGCCUGCCGCCCGUGAGUGAAGAUCCAGUCAUGUGCUUUGAUGAUGAGGGCAACCUCCUCGGCUGUUUCCGUCCAAGAUAGGCAGGCACACGUGUUGUGUGUGGUGCUGUGUGGUUUCGUCGGUCGGUGUGGACUCACACUUUUCGACCGAGGGGCGUGACCCAAUGGAUGAUGGAUGCCUUGUCCCCUCUGAUGGUGACUUUUUUUUUUUUGUGGGGAGGAAGGAAGGGAGAAUGGCAGGUGUACUGUCUGUGUCCUCAGUGAUGUGUGUAUGUUUUCCUUGGAUUAGCCUUGCCUUGCUUUGCCUUGCCUGAUGCUGGCUGACGGGGUGCUGGGUGGUUGGUGAUGAGACUGGGUCGUUAUUAGUGACACAUUGAUGACCGCCCUGUCUCACCAGUGGCCUGCAACCACUUCCUCAACUGGCCGGGCGAGGAAGGCUGAAAGAACGAGGGCACAUUUUGUUGAAAGACCGGUUUUGUAUCUCAGUCGAUGUUGUGUUACAUAACCCAAGAAAAUGACUACGAUUCUCUCUCUUCGUGUUUGAAUUGUGGCGCAUGGCAUCAUGCGGAGGAUAUUAAAGUCAC